AUGGACGUGUUUUACUAUACGCGGGACAUGUCCAACGACACGGUUCAAGUGGUUUCGCCCGCGAAACGGGUUCAUUUUGAGGUAAGAUGGGGAAUUGCGAGAAGUACAGCUUCCGAGUUAUGCUUCAGGAGUUGUAGUCCUGUAGUUAAGACAACAAUUCCAACUGGAUUUCGAUUUCUGGGAGCUUGAAACACAAUGCCAAAAAUGGCGGGAAAUUUGAAUUUUUGAAAAUUCUUGCCGUUUAAUCUGAGAAAUAUUAUGAUUUUCAUACUGUCUCUGGUCAUCAAUUUUUUUACAAUGUAAAUUCGAUAUUUUUAGCACUUGAAACACAAUGCCAAAAAUGGCGGGAAAUUUGGGUUUUUGAAAUUUCUAGCAGUGGAAUUCAAGAAAAAUCAGAAUUUUCGUAUCGCUUCUGUCUGAUAGCUUUUUUACAAUGAAAAUUUGAUGGUUUGCCAGCUUGAAACACAAUGCCAAAAAAUGGCGGGAAAUUUGAAUUUUUGAAAUUUUUGGCAGUGGAAAUCGGAAAAAAUACGAUUUUCAUGCUGUUUCUGCCUGAUAGUUUUUUUACAAUGUAACAAACCGUACAAUCGAGCAAAGAUUUAUUACGUCUGCAAAUCUUCCGUGACUUUUGCCGAAGCCCACACCGUGCAACAGUACUGAAGCCAUUGGGCGCUACGCAAAAAGACACGGGUUCAAUUGUCCUGUUAAUUUUUGGGGCUUUGGAUGUUGUAAACAUUGAGACUGAAGCCUCAAAAGGAGAAAUUUUUCUGGUUGGCGGAAUCGACUGGUCGAUAAUCAAAUCGAAUGUUUUUGAGUAAAAAUUGGAAAAGCGUUUCGUAGAUUGAGUUUUAAUUGCCUGAAGGAGCUUUUUGGAUAAUUUUUUAAAUGAUUUUUUUAAUGUAAAAUACGGAAAACUUAAAAAAAAUUUUUUUUGAAAAUUAAAAAUUUUUAGUAAAAUUAAAAAAUUUAGGUAAUAGGCUAUGCAAAAAUCUCCCCUUUAUUUUUCACAUUCCUUUUUAUGGUAAAAUACGUUCAACUCCUCUGUCUUCUGCACACUCUCUAAAACAAUAUCAGGCCGAUGAAGCCGUACCGAAGCAAUUUAAUCCCAACAAAAAUUGAUUUACACGAUUAAAAAUUACAAAAAAAGAUGUGAAAUAGAAGCCAAAGAGUACGAUAAUUGCAAUUGUAUUUAGCUCCGCCCCCAUCACCUGACAUAUCAACCGUGGGCCCGGCCGUCCGCUAUAAAAGUCGCGAUCGUAACGGAGAAGCAAGGCAAGCUUGUGAGACGCUCGUUGUCACCGAAAAGUACCAGCCAAUCCAUUAUGAAGACCACUGUAAGUUUUCUUUUACGUUUUCUUUGAAAUUUUUGGUUUUGGGUUACGGUAGUGGAAAGUAUAGGGGAAAAAUUGAUGUUACAGUAG